AUGGUCAAAACAGGAAUAUUCGUGAACGACUCUGUUAAUUGGUUGACACGUGAGUCUGAUAGUCGCGCGCAAUACAUUGUUUCUCUUGAUUUGGAGAAAGAGACCUCUCAAAAGCUUUCAUUGCCCGAUGUGCAUUUCACAACUUCUUAUACUAGUACUACCUUAGGGACAUUGAGAGGUUGUUUGUCUCUCCUCUCUCGGAAGGUCAAGUUUUCUGAUGUUUGGAUUAUGAAGGAAUAUGGAAAUGAAAAUUCUUGGACUAAAUUGUUAACUGUUCCUCACACGGUAGAAUGUGGUUUUUCUGGCUAUAACAGAGCAUUAUAUAUUUCAGAGAAUGACAAAGUGUUGAUGGAGUGUACGGAGUUAGGGAUUAAUAGUUUGGUUGUUUAUGAUUCCAUAAAUAAUACUUUUAAGAUUUCUAAAUUUCAAAACAACAUCCGUAGUGAAAUGGUGACACAAGAAGUCUAUGUUGAGAGCUUGAUAUCACCUUUGUAG